GCACAGUUCUGAACAUUCUGGUCGUGCCACCGCCUUUCUCAGCCAAUGGGAAAAGCAGCGCACUCGACUGCGGGCAGAGAUUAAGGACUGGACAAGUCGCUUGCAGAAGACAGGUGACCUUGCUUCCACUGCUGGAGGCCCAGAACUCGUGUCCGUCGAGCCAAUUGUGUCCCUUGGUGAAGAUCUCCAUCAGCGGACGAAUGGCUCCAAUUACAGGGCGCGCUUGAAGCUGCAGUGUGAGGAUGGAAUCCAUGCUUGGAGCACAGAGCCAUUCACGCUCGACGAGUUAGUGCGAAUCGUGGUGAGGACGAGAGCCGCUUCAGCCACUCGCUGGUGCCGAACGAACAGAGAGGCGAUCGCUUCCGGUGCCGACCCCUUCUGGGCUGUGGUAAGUGUUGCCAGCUGUGCUGUCAGAACCUUCCUGUUCUGGGCUUUCCUGCUGUGGGCGUCCUGGCUGCUCGCCCAACCUCUGAGGCGUCCCGUACGCGAGUCGCUUGUGCUUGUGUCCUUGGUGACAGAUGCUCCUGACCUGCUCUCCGUGCUGGAGCCGCUGAUCGCCCUGCUCCUCUCGUUCGCGAUCGGGAUCUUCGGAGCACUGCUGAUGGCUGGAUUGACAGAGGUUUCUUUCAUCCCAGCGAAGGCCAUCCUGAACCUCGAGCGCAAGGCAGAGACAGAGAAGGUGCGGGAGCAGCUUGCGCUCUUGCUCCGCAGUAAAGACUGCCUGCGUAAUCUGGACAUCUGCAACUUCCUGUCUUUGGGCAUGGCAACUUACUUCAACUCCUCUGAGACGCACAAGGAGGGGCGCUGCUUCGUCCGAAGGCACGAGACAACCGAGGACUACUUCAUGAACCGGCGUCGACAGCGCUGCUCGUUGUUUUGUCUUCGUUGCGAUUUCCGCCUCGAGCUUGCACGGAGAAGAGGGCUCCAGGAGCGCUGGCUCGUCUUGCGCAAAGAUGGGAUCGCCCUUUUCUCCUCGCUCAUGGACACGGAUCCCACGGACAUGCUUUUCUUUGACACAAGCUUCGCUUUGUUUCGAGAUGAGGAGGACCACGUGCUUGUGAAAGGGGCAUCGUGGGUCCUCGAGCUGUCCUUUGGGGAUGGGCCACGCAGGCAUAGCAGCGCUCAAGGAUGGUGCAAUGCCAUCACAGUGACGGCACAGCUGUCCACGCGAACCAGAGAGCAGCGCUAUGGCUCUUUCGCACCGAUACGGCUCCCCAGUGCACCGAAGACCGGCGACCGUCACGUGCUCCGCCGGAGCCUCUGCCGACACCUGCUCAACGGGCGCGCGAUCUUCCGUGCUGUUGCAGAGGCGAUUCUCCUUGCCAAGCACGAGAUAUUCAUCCUCAGCUUCUUCUUGAGUCCGCACAUUGAGUUGGUUCGGGAUGGUGAUGCACUGCCGGGCGUUCCUGAUUCGAAGGUCGAAACACUGUUGAAAGCUGCAGCAGAUCGCGGAGUUCGGGUCUACGUGUUGCUGUACCAGGAGACCGGGAAGGUCAUUGCCAACGCUUCAGCAUAUGCAGAGAACCAGCUCCAGCACAAGAACAUAUUCGUCAUGCGCCACAGGAGCAGAUUUGACAGCAACCUGCUGUGGACACACCACGAGAAGGUUGUGGUCGUUGACCAGCAGCUUGCCAUCGUUGGAGGACUCGAUCUGUGCAUUGGGCGCUACGAUGAUUGGAGGCAUCUCAUCUUUGAUGCGGAAGAGGAGGUUUGGAAGAAUCAGGACUACUACAACCCUCGCAUCAAGGAUGUCACCGAUGGCCGACUCCAAAAGGAUCAGUUAGAUCGGAGGCGGCAGGCACGGCUACCCUGGCAGGAUGUCGCCUGUGAGCUUAUCGGCCGGCCGGCGCGUGAUGUUGCACGUCACUGCGUGGAGCGCUGGAACCAUGCCAGGUGCAUCAACUCGAUGUACCACGAGCUGCCCACAGCGCUGCUCAAGCGCAAGGUCGCCGUGAGCAACGAUGACAUGCUGAAGGUCCCGCACAAGGCAGCCGAUCCGACAUGGCCGCCAGAGAGGGGGCCCUGGCAGGAAUGCCGAUCGCAGGUGGUGCGUUCGGUUGGACGUUGGAGUGCCGGCACCAAAACCGAGUCCUCCUCGCAUCAGGCGUAUUGCGACCUGAUCCAGGAGUCCAAGAGCUUCAUCUACAUUGAGAAUCAGUUUUUCUGCUCUGCAAUGGAGGGCGAGGAUUCUAUCGGCAACCGUGUGCUCGAGGCCUUGUUUCGACGGAUCGUAAAGGCUGAAGACCACAAAGAGGCUUUUCACUGUGUCAUCAUCCUGCCCCUGUUGCCGGCACUAGAGGCCCCGCUGUGCCAGUCCAACGCCUCACAGCCCGUGUUCCGUGUGAUGCAUGCGCAGUACCAGACGCUGCGCGGUCUUCGCAAGGAGCUUCGUGCUCGAGGGGUGGAUGAGGCGAAGUAUAUCUCCGUGUUCGGUCUCAGGACGCACGGAUGGCUGGAUGGUCUCGGCCAUGCUACGGAGCAGAUCUACAUCCACUCCAAGGCCAUGGUGGUUGACGACGAGGUGGCGAUUAUCGGCAGCUCCAACAUCAACGAUCGCUCCUUGCUUGGGAUGCGAGACUCUGAGGUCAACGUCGUCGUCCAGGACACUGCGGCAGCCUACAGAGGCCCCGGCGGCUUGCGCGGCGGCCCUGCCGCAAACCUCCGGAAAGCACUAUUCGCACAGCACAUGGGCUUGACACGGGAGCAGCUGGAAUCUGUCUACCCGGAUCCUGCCAGCGAGGCAUGCGUGAUGGAGAUGCGAAGAGUUGCCCAGCAGAACACAGAGAUCUACGAGGAGCUCUUCGGGGCGCUGCCCUCCGAUGCUGUGGGCACCUGGGCGGAGCUUGCAGCCCGGCGCCGGCAGGCGCAGCCGCACAUGAAUGCGGACUUCACCAGGAUACCCGAAGCGGAGAGUGCUACAGAAGCACUAAAGCGAGUCCAGGGAUACCUGGUCCAUUUUCCGCUGGACUUCCUGGCCAAAGAGGACUUGGCACCGUCAGCGGUGGUUGGUUUGCUUGGUCCAGAUGCCGUCAUCGACAGCUUGGAGCAGCGCCUGAACGAGGCCCUUGAGGAGGCUGCAGAGCUCAAGCCGCUUGUGCCAACAUUCGCAGGAGUGAACAAGACAGCUGGCAGCCAGCGUGCAGCGGACAUCAGCGGUGUCGGGCUCAUGCUGCCGAGGAUCGCGUACAGGCCGCCGAGCUCGAGAGGCUCCAAGCUUGAGAGCUUCGGGUGUUCUGUGAUCAAGGCGACGGAGCUGGUUGCCAAAGCCUGGGAUGCCGAGAAGCGCUCGGAGGCCCUUGCUGAGGAAGCGCGAGCUCUGCGGCGGCAGCGGAGCGCAGCACAAGCCAAGGCGGAGGCGACGGAGGUGGCACUGGCGGAGUGCCGUGCCGAGAGUGAGGCAGCAAACUCUCGUGCAGCUUCAGAUGAGACCGAGAUUGCCAAGCUGCGGGAGACGCUGCACCGUUGUCAAGCGGACUUGGCGCAUGCCGAGCUGGAGGCGGAGGCGGCCGAGGCGGCCGAGGCGGCGGCUUCCGCGCCGCCGCUCAGCGAGCUGACGGAGGCCAUGCCCUCGAGCGGCGCUCCCGGGCGCCGAGGGCCGAGACCGGCGCUCGGACUCGACGAGCCUGGCCGUGGCGAGGGUUCGAGGCCCCCCCGUGCCGGGGCCCUUGAGGCCCUGGAGGACAUCAUCGAGGCGGUGAAGCAGCACGACUUGAAGAUGACCGCGAUCAAAUCGGAGCUGACUCGGAGGGAGGAGAAGGGCAAUGCGACUCCGGAUGAGGCGACAGUCGUUGAACUCCAAACUCGACGAAAUGAGCUGGAGGAGCGCCUUCGCAUCCUCGAGGCCACCCGCCACGCGGACCUUGCACGGUGGCGUUCUGCAGACGAGAGCACCCUGCGCGACCUCUCUCUUCUUGAGGAGGAGGCCAGCGACUUUCGGACAUCCUUGCAAGCUUCGGUUUCCGAACAAGAGUCGGCUGCUUCGGCUCGUGGCAAAGAGCAUCGGUCGAAGACUGUGCUGCAGGAGGAGGCUCUGGAGGAACGCGCCGAGGUCCGCGAGGAGUUGUCCGUGGCGCGCUGCCUGGUCGCCGAGGCCUCCGACGCUCGGCGCCUCCUUGGAGAGCUCUGUGGCCGCCGAGAAACUCUUCGGGCCAAGCAGGCCAUGCAGCAGGCCCGCCUCGAUUUCUUGACUGCAGCGGGAGACGAGGCGAGCAGAGCCGCUACAAAGGCUAGCCUGCUGGCGCCGUUCCCUCCUCGCAGGGCACCGGCCGUCAGGCAAAAGCUGGAUAUGGUUGCUGUGGAGCAUCGCACCGCGCAACUUCGCGAGGAGGUGGCCUCGCUGAAGAAACAGUUUUCCGGGAAGGACGACACACGGCACGCGUGGCAGCAAGAGAUGCUGGAGCUUCGCGGCCGUCAUGAGACUGUGCUCCGUGAGAAGGCGGAGGAAGAUUCUAGGGAAGGCGUGCGACUCCCGGCAGUCAUGGCGAAGAGCCUGCGGCAGCUCGGAGAAAAGACGCAGCCCCCGCGAGUCGCAGCUGGAAAGCGACCAAGGGCAACUUCGGUGAAGCAAGCACGGAAGCCCCACGAUAAUACUGUGGCCAAAGUUCUCGGGUCCCUUCUGCAGCUCCUGGCAGAGACCCAGCGCCGAGCCGUCUGCAGCAACGUCGCGGUGGAACGAUAUCGCAAAGCUGCCCUGGCGGCUGGAGCUAGAGGGCCGGCAGUGCGACCCUUUCCUCGCACGGCUGCGCGGCAGCUGGAGCAGGCCUUGCAUUGCGCUGCAAGGGCCGACGACGAGGCCAGCUGCCUGGAAACGCACGAGCGAUCCCGCUUGGAGGCAGCGGCCGGCGAGAUGUUUUCUGAGCUGGAAGAGACGCGUGGACAAGGUGAGCAGCUCGAGGUCCGACGCCUAGCCACCGUGGCGACGCUCAGAGCGCAGGAGGCCAGGGCCGCAGACGAGGCUCGUGCCAGGGCCUUAGACCCCUCCUGGCGUGACGAGGCCGUGGAAGAGGCCUGGCGGCUCGCCCGCGAGACUGGGCGCGCCCCUGCAUCAGAUGGUGAGGCUGAGGAUGUUCUUCGUGCUGCCCAGGUACUGUGCCUCCUGGGACUGCAGCUGGUGGCCUGGGAGUUGGCUGAGAACCUAAAAAGUGCGCAUCUCAGGGCGGACAGCCUGGAAGUGGCGAAUGCUGCCCUUGCAAGGGUCGUGACGCAGCAGGCCCCGUCUGGCCGUCUUGGGCCUGUGAGUCCGCCGCGGGUGAUCGAGGCAGCAUGGGCUUCGAAGCGGGUAAAGCUGGCGGAGGCCGAGCAGAGGCAGCGAGAAGCUUCGCGGCUUCAAGCGGAGGUGCAGACCUUCAACGCCGAGCUCGCGAGCGCGCGGCAUUCCGAGGCCGAGGCAGCAGCCGAGCUGGCAAAGGCUGCAGGCACGGCUCGUUGCAGAUCGGUGCAACAUCAGCAGAAGCAGGAGCUUGCUCCGGAGAUGCAGGAUCCCAAGCUCCUGACCAGCAUGCUGGACGUCAUGCACCAGGUAAUGGAGAUGUGUUCUGGCAUGCUGCCUGCCCGGGAGCAAUCAACCGCAGGCUCCGAUGAUGCCAUGACAUCCAUCCUCAGGGAGGUGAAGGAGCUGGGUGGCUUCUGCCAGAAGCUCCAGCAAGAUGUCCACUCCCAAAGGCAGUCGCUCUCGGCCAUCGCCGUGCAGUCGUCGGCUGAUGGCCAGAGCCAGAGGGACGAGACUUCGAAACGGAUGGAAGCUCUGUUGGAGCUGCAGCAUGAGCUCCAGCUACAGUACAAGACGGCAGCGGAAGCAGUGCUCGGCCUGCGCCAGGAUGUGGUCGAAAAGGCCCUUUGUGAGGAGGAGCUGCAGGCGGAGGUCCUGAGCGAGGAGAAGGCGAUUCAAGCAGCGGAGGCCAUGUUGAAAGUGGAGUCCGCUGCUGAGAGCACAGUGCCCCUGCCGCUUCUUGCCGAGGCCACACCGGAAGCAGAACGGCUCAAGGAGCUGUGCCGCCGGGAGCGGCUUCAGAUCCAGGAGGCGGCCGUGGAGGCCGACCGCAGACGACGCCACUUCGAGGAGCAGAGGGCCCUGGCCGCUUCGGCGGCUGCCAAGGCCUCCGAAGAGGUUUCGAGGGCGGAGGCGGAGCGCUGCCAGGUCCGUCUUGCAGAGGAGGCCAGCGCGCGUGCGGAGGCCGCCUUGGUCUCUGCACGGCGGCGGCAGCGGAAUCGAGACGAGGCUCGGGCCGAGGAGCUCGCUGCAACGGACUGGGCAUCCCACGUCGACGAGGAGAUGCGAGCGAAGGAGAGCUUGAAGAAUUGCGAGGAGAAGCUGAAAGAAGAGGCACUGGAGUCGGAGCGGCUGCGCCGGGAGACCCUCCGUGUCGAGGGCGCGCACUGGGAGCUCCAGAAGCGCUUUUCCCCUUCGCUGAAGCGCAUCGACGAGCUGCGUCACCGCCGUGCAACCCUGGAGACGGAGACUCAACGAGUGGGCGCCUAUCCCGAGAGGGCUGUACAGGCGACCCAGAACCGCGUGGUGCAGGUGGAGGGACAGGUCUCCGAUAUCUUCGGGCAGCUCGAGCAGGUUGCCGCGGAGGAGCAGCAGCACAAGGCAGAGGCGCUGGUUUAUGCCUCCCAGGCGGCCGCCGCGGCGAAGCUUGGCGCCGAGGCUGCAGAGCACGAGGCUGCUGCAGAGCUGCGCCUGGAAGCCGUGCAGGCCCAGGAGAAAUGGCAGGAGAUUGCGCACCGCGAUGAGCACCACGCUUGGCGGAACCAGGUGCAGGAGCUGCAGGAGCAGCAGCACCGCAGCCGGCGUGCACGUGCAGCAGCCGAGGCCUCUCAGCUGGAGGUGGAGGCCGCGCUGCGACGUGACGCCCAGCGCCAUAAGGUGGCCGAGCUCAACGCAUCGUUGCAGGAUGCCGAGUCCCGCUGUGCCGCUGCCCAGCGGAACGGGAACGGAGGAACGGGUUCGGGGCCACGGCAGAAGGAGAAGGUGCUUUUGACGGAGCUGGCGGCCAUCCGAAGCCAGGAGGCCACGUUGCUCGAAGAGAUGGAGGCCUUGCGCCAAGCGGCUGAUGCGUCUGCGCCUGGGCCGGAGCCAACGGAGCCGAUCGUCGCGCAGAAGCCACGUGCCGUGGCCCCGGCCGGGGAGCUGCAGCGGCUCCAUGCCCAGCUGCGCCGAGCCCGCGAACAAAAAGAGGUCUUGAAGCAGGAAGUGGCCGUUGGCGAGCGUGAGGAGCAGCUCUUGCGCAAGGAAUUGGAAGAAGUGGAGCAGCAGCUGCGGUUGAGCAGGGACGACGCUGAGCGGAAGCGCGGCUACAUCGCAACGCUGCAGCUCCACUGUGGGGAAGCAUCGCAGGGGGGCCCCGAGCAGCUGGAGGCCCAGGUCGAGCGCCAGGCUGAGCUGAGCAAAGGCAUCGCCAAGGUGCGCCAGAGCAUCGCCAGCAAAGAUGUGCAGCUGAAGGUCCUGAGGACCGAGGCCACCGAGGCGAAGCGGCGCCGCGAGGCCCAGCGAGAUGCGGAGGCCGCCGAUGCCCGGCGCUGUGCUGCGGACCUGGCCCGCACCAAGGCCCUUCGCUCGGAGCUGCGCCGCAAGGAGCAGGCACUGCAGGAGCUCUGGGCGCAAAGUGAGGUGAUGGAGUCCCGUCUCGAGGAGAGCUAUUCUGCUGGUGACAAGACCUGUAGGCUACCAGCAAUGGUAGAUCGGACACUUUGGGGUGCAGACCCCUCCUUUUGCCUAGAGGACAUCCACAAAGCAGACUUCAUCGCGCUGCGUGUAGAUACAUCCGAAGACAUCUUCAAUGUCCGGCCGCAUGGGCCGAUGUCUUUGAAGGACCAUUUUAGAACUCGUGUGCGGCGAUUGCAGCGGGCCCCUGAACAAAGGCUGCCUCAAAGGUUGGGCGUGUGUUGUGCAGUGUGGAAUGCUGCAGAUCGCUGCUUCGAGCUGACGUCUUACGACCUGGGCCUCUGGCCAGGCAAUCCGCUCCACAUGCCAGCGCAUGUGCGGAGCUACAUCCACAAGAAGGCCUCUGCGAAAGAACGCGCCGAUGGGCGUUGGGAGGAGUACAUGUCCUCCACGAUCGUAGCCAUCCUGAAGGCCUUGCGAGAGGUUCGGGUCCCGAUAGUCGUUUACGAUGGGUUGCCGGACCUUCUGCAGCUCUAUGACAAAUUCAUCGCCGAUGUGCCGACAGAUCUUGGAAUCUUCUCAGAUGCAUGGUUGAGGCAUUUCCCUGCCGUGUUUGACAUCAAGUGGAUGGCGCUCCAGGACCCUCCUGGAGACUUGCCAGUGCCUCCUGGGCUUGCCAGUUGGCGCAGCGGGACAGACCCAAGCGGCCAAGGAGUUGCCGCGUUAUGGUGGGCCCUGCGGUGCUCUCCGGCGCUACCGGGCCGAGGCGUGUUGCGGCUGCGCUUCCGGGAGCACGGACCCGCGCCGCACUGGAAGGCUGGAUCAGAAUUAGACUUUGCCUUGAAGAAGAAGGGCCUGGGUGGCCUCGGCACGGAGGGCUACCUCGCCCGAAUGGCGAUGAUGGUCGCAGAAACCUUUCUUCUCUUGAAUGACUACAGGUUACCUCCCCUCCCAAAGGAGGGCAUUCAGCUGAAGCAGGCUGUCAAGGAGAGCCGUCGAGAGCUGCUGAAGCGCUUCAGCGAGCCGACGGCGAGUACCACGGCGCCGGGAUCCGGCGCCCCAACGUUGGAGCCAGUUUCACCUGCACGCAGCUGCCGAGGCGCUGCCACUGUGCAGAUGGCUCAGGACAAUGAUGGUGGCACCUCUCUGAAAAGGAAGAGGUCCCAGACCGUCGACACCGACGAAGACGAGGAAGAAGAGCCCCGGAAACUACGCCGGGCACCAAACCUCCGUGACGUGCGUGCCAUCGAAACUGCGGUGGAUGUGCUGGCACGGAGGCUGGUCAGCCAGCGCACCCGUCACGAAAUCGACGAAGAAAACGGAAGUGCAAUGCACAUCCUGCAACAGUGCGCGUUCCACUGUCGCCACUUCCGCAACAGAAUUUCAGCUCCUGGCACCUCGGAGGGCUGCAUCGAGCUCGAUGCUGCUGUGGUGGCUCGAGCUCUCGAAGAAUACGAGAACUUGGAGGACCUCUGA